CCAGAGAGGGCGCGGCCGCUGGCAUUCUCACUGCGGGCUUCUCUCAGCUGUGCUUCGUUGCUAGAUCGGGUCGAGAUGUCUUACAUCCCGGGCCAGCCGGUCACCGCCGUGGUGCAAAGAGUUGAAAUUCACAAGCUGCGUCAAGGUGAGAACUUAAUCUUGGGCUUCAGCAUUGGAGGUGGAAUUGACCAGGAUCCCUCUCAAAAUCCCUUCUCAGAAGAUAAGACAGACAAGGGCAUUUAUGUCACACGUGUGUCUGAAGGAGGUCCUGCUGAAAUUGCUGGGCUGCAGAUUGGAGACAAGAUCAUGCAGGUGAAUGGCUGGGACAUGACCAUGGUCACACAUGACCAGGCCCGGAAACGGCUCACUAAGCGCUCAGAGGAGGUGGUGCGCCUGCUGGUGACGCGGCAGUCGCUGCAGAAGGCUGUGCAGCAGUCCAUGCUGUCCUAGCAGCCCUCCUGUGAUCCUUACCUUGUGCCUACCUGCCUAUUUGUACAGCGACACCACUUCCACGCUCUCUCUGCUCCUCCAUCCUGGCUUCUGCUGCGUGCUGGGUUCCAGCUCAGAAGGGCGACAGCUGAUCCCAGAGGCCUGAGCCAGCCCUGCUUCCCCUCCCACUCUAGCCCGAGGCUCUGGGACCAGGUCUGUCUCUGGGAUACUGAGGAUUGGAAACAAGGGCCUGGAGCUGAGUGAAGCCAGUCUGCGAUGACCAAAGCUCAGCCCACUGCUGUUUCAGCAGUGCCUGGGUGAGCAGAAAACACCACUUUCUGAGAGCUGCCAAAGCUGGGAAAUGCCACUCGGGGCUGGCUUUCCCUGAUUUGCCCUGGCUGCAGGGCUUGGCCCUGCCUUCCUAUGUCACUUCCACAGUGCCCAAGCCACAUGCUGUCCACCCCGACAUUGCCCAGUGGGGGGCUAGACCCCCACACUCCUGGAGGCACUAUGAAGGUUCAUCUGGAUGGCAGCUGGUAGCCUCCCAUGCACCCUCACUUCCCUGAAGGGUGCUGGCCUCCCCAGGGUUUGCCUACUUACAGGAUUUAGCUGAGGUUCAAGCUGACAUUUCAGGGCAGCUCUCAGGAUUGCCAUUUUUCUCUAUGCCCGUGGUUUUAACUUUUGUAUUUUUUUAAUCACAACUUUGAUACACAGCGUUUUUAUCUUACUAUUUGGAGAUGCCAGUUGUAGUUUUGAGUCUAGCUUACUAAUUCACAUGUGGGAGCAACUACUCUUAGCACGUGAACAGCCUUACUUUGGUUACCAUGGAAAUGGGGCAGUAUGAUGCUGCCCCACACCCAACAUCUCAUGUCCAAUAAAGAACGCUGGAAUUCAUGAGGGA